AGUGCCUUGUAGGGCAUAUGGUGAAUGCCUAAAUGGGGGAGAAUGUCAAAGAGGCUUUUGCAGAUGCAAAGAUGGUACGAAAGGAGAUAGAUGCGAGAUAAUCACAGGCUGCACAGAGGAGCUAAAGAUAAAAUGUAUUAAAGCCGAAGCAGAUUGCCAAUCUUUUGUUGGCGGAUGGACGACUUGCGCAUGCAGGAAUUUUUCGCUUAUCUAUAAUGGAGAAAAAUGCGUAGAACGCUGUUAUGACCAUUCUUAUUGCAAAAAUGGUGGACAAUGCAUAGGUGGCUAUUGUAAUUGCAGAGAAGGUACAAAAGGAGAUAGGUGUGAAAUUUUAACAAAAUGCACAGAUGAAAUGAACAGAGAAUGCACUAAAGCUAAUGCAAAUUGCGUAUUUGAUAAAGCUUCAAGUAAAGCAUCUUGUGUGUGCAAAGAUCAAGCAAAGGUAUAUAAUGGUAAAACAUGCGUAGACAAGCUGAAACCAAGAUGUAACUAUGAUUAUGAAUGCCACUAUGGCGGAAAAUGCGUAGGUAAUGUUUGUCAUUGCCGAAAAGGGAUGAGUGGCGGUAAGUGUGAGGAGAUCAAUGAGUGCCAGACAUUAAAGGAAAUAUGUGAAAAAGGCAAUGCGGUAUGCAGCUACGAUGUCGAAGAAGAGAAAGCUUUUUGUCAGUGUGAAGAAGGAAAGUCAUACGAUGGUAUGACUGGAAAAUGCAAAGAUUGCAGAUGCAUGAAAAAUGCGAAGUGCACUUUUGACGGAAACGGAGAACCAUUUUGUAGAUGUAUUAAGGGAUUUAAAUACUUCGAAGGACAGUGCAAAGAGUGUGACUGUGGACCCCAUGGAAUUUGUGCUUUUCGCUGGGAUGGAGUUAAGCUAUGCAAAUGCCAUGGAGGUUAUGCGGACUUUGAAAAGAAAUGUAAAGAGUGCAUUUGUGGACCUAACGAGCGUUGUUAUUUUGGUAUUGGUGGAGAGCAAAAGUGCGGCUGUGUCGAAGGGUUCUCAGUAUUUAAAGGAAAGUGCUUAGAGUGUAGCUGCGGAACCAAUGGAACGUGCUAUUUCGAUGAAGAUGGUAGAAAACAGUGUAAAUGCGAUCCAAGAUAUGUAGAAUACGAAGGACAAUGUAUAUGCGGGGAAGGAUAUGUCGAAUACGAAGGAGAGUGUAGAGAACGCUGUUCUGAUGAUUCUUAUUGCAAAAAUGGUGGACAAUGCACAGAUGGCUUUUGUAAGUGCAGAGAAGGUACAAAAGGAGACAGAUGUGAAAUCCUAACUAGAUGCACAGAGGAACUGAACAGAGAAUGCGCUAAAGCGAAUGCUAAGUGCAUAUUUGAUAAAGCAUCAAGUAAAGUGUCUUGUGUAUGCAUUGAUCAGGCAAAGGUAUAUAAUGGUAAAACAUGCGUAGAAAAAUGUCAAACGAGCUCUGACUGUCUUCAUGGCGGUACGUGUAUAGAUAAUGUCUGCCUGUGCAAGAAUGGUACCAGUGGCAGCAGAUGUGAGAUCGUCGAAGAAUGUGAGAGAAGAGGGCACAUAUGUGAAGAAGCCAAUGCAAUAUGCUUAUACGAUAUUGAAGAAGAGGAAGUGUAUUGUAAAUGUAAAGAAGAGGGAAAGACGUAUGACAUAUUAACUGAAAGAUGCCGAGAAUUCUGCAUUGAUGAUUCUCAUUGUGCCAAUGGAGGAAAAUGCUCAAGAGGCUUCUGCAGAUGUAAAGCUGGUACAGAAGGCGACAAGUGUACAAUUGUAACAGGUUGCACAGAUGACUUUGUAUCAAAAUGUACUGCAGCUGACGCAACUUGCGUAUUUGACGAAACAGCGAAAAAUAAAGCUUCCUGUAAGUGCAGAAAUGCAAAACUAUCGUUUAAUGGUGAAAGAUGUGCAGAGAGCUGCAGAGAUGAUUCUGAUUGCGAGAAUAAAGGACAAUGCGUAAACGGCUUUUGCAAAUGCAAAGAUGGGACAGAAGGAGACAAGUGUGAAAUUGUAACGGGCUGCACAGAUGAACUCAGGAAAAAAUGCACUGGAAUUGAUGCAGUAUGCACAUUUGAUGAAACAUCUGCAAACAAAGCUACAUGUGUGUGCAAAGAUUCCUUCCUUCUUUACAAUGGUGAAAAGUGCGUAGAACCCUGCAGCGACAGUUCUGACUGUGCCAAUGGUGGAGAAUGUGUGAACAAGUUUUGCAAAUGCAGAGAUGGUACAGCAGGUGAUAAGUGUACUAUUGUAACAGGAUGUACAGAAGAACUCGCAGCAAAAUGUUCUGAAGCUGACGCAACGUGCGUAUAUGAUGACACAGCAGAAAACAAGGCUUCUUGUAUCUGCAAAAACCCAAAGCUAUUCUAUAACGGCGAAAAAUGCGCAGAACGCUGCGAAAAAAGAACUGAUUGUAAAAAUCAGGGAGAAUGCGUAAAAGGCUUUUGCAAAUGCAAAGAUGGGACACAAGGAGACAAGUGUGAAAUUGUAACGGGCUGUACAGAUGAACUGAGGAAAAAAUGCAAUGGAAUUGAUGCAGUAUGCACAUUUGAUGAAACAUCUGCAAACAAAGCUACAUGUGUGUGCAAAAAUUCCUUCCUUCUAUACAAUGGUGAAAAGUGCGUAGAACCCUGCAGCGACAGUUCUGAUUGUGCCAAUGGCGGAGAAUGUAUGAACAAGUUUUGCAAAUGCAGAGAUGGUACAGCAGGCGAUAAGUGUACUAUUGUAACAGGAUGUACAGAUGAACUCGCAACAAAAUGUUCUGCAGUUGACGCAAUGUGUGUAUAUGACGACAAAGCUGAAAACAAGGCUUCAUGUGUUUGCAAAAACCCAAAGCUAUUUUAUAAUGGAGAAAAAUGUGCAGAACGCUGCGAAAAAAGAACUGAUUGUAAAAAUCAGGGGGAAUGCGUAAAAGGCUUUUGCAAAUGCAAAGAUGGGACACAAGGAGACAAGUGUGAAAUUGUAACGGGCUGUACAGAUGAACUGAGGAAAAAAUGCAAUGGAAUUGAUGCAGUAUGCACAUUUGAUGAAACAUCUGCAAACAAAGCUACAUGUGUGUGCAAAAAUUCCUUCCUUCUAUACGAUGGUGAAAAGUGCGUAGAACCCUGCAGCGACAGUUCUGAUUGUGCCAAUGGCGGAGAAUGUGUGAACAAGUUUUGCAAAUGCAGAGAUGGUACAGCAGGCGAUAAGUGUACUAUUGUAACAGGAUGUACAGAUGAACUCGCAGCAAAAUGUUCUGCAGUUGACGCAAUGUGUGUAUAUGACGACAAAGCUGAAAACAAGGCUUCUUGUGUUUGCAAAAACCCAAAGCUAUUCUAUAAUGGAGAAAAAUGUGCAGAACGCUGCGAGAAAAGAACUGAUUGCAAGAAUCAAGGGGAAUGCAUAAGUGGCUUUUGUAAAUGUAAAGAUGGCACAAAUGGAGAUAAGUGCGAAAUUGUUACUGGUUGUACAGAUGAGCUCAAAAGGAAAUGCGCUAAUGCUGAUGCAGAUUGUAUUUUUGAUGAAACAUCAGUGAACAAAGCUACUUGCGUCUGCAGAAAUAAUUUACUACGAUAUAACGGCGAAACGUGUGUAGAGACUUGUACAGACAGAACUGAUUGCGAGAAUCAAGGAGAAUGUGUAAACGGCUUCUGCAAAUGCAAAGAUGGUACAAAAGGAGAUAAAUGUGAAAUAGUAACCGGGUGCACGGUUGAGCUGAAGAAAAAAUGUGCUAGAGCUGAUGCAGUAUGCACAUAUGAUGAAACAUCCGUGAAUAAAGUGACAUGCACGUGCAGGAAUGAUUUACUGCGAUUUGAUGGCGAAAAAUGCAUAGAGCCUUGCAGGGACAGAACUGACUGUAAGAAUGAUGGAGAGUGUAGAAAUGGUUUCUGCAAAUGCAAAGAUGGUACAGAAGGAGAUAAAUGUGAAAUUGUAACAGGAUGCAAAGACGAGCUCGAGGAAAAAUGUGCCACAGCUGGUGCAAUAUGCACAUUUGAUGAAACAUCGCCGAACAAAGCGACAUGCACGUGCAUAAAUGAUUUGCAGCGAUUUAAUGGAGAGAAGUGCGUAGAACUCUGCAGAGACAAUUCUGAUUGCGCAAAUGGAGGAGAAUGUGUGAACAGGUUUUGCAAGUGCAAAGAUGGCACAGAAGGAGACAAAUGCACAACUGUUACAGGAUGCACAGAUGAAAUGAUAUCAAAAUGCACCGCUACUGAUGCAACAUGCGUAUAUGACGAAACGGCAGUAAACAAGGCUUCUUGUGUAUGCAGAAACCCAAAUUUAUCCUUCAAUGGUAAAAAAUGUGCAGAGCGAUGCGGGGAAGAUGCUGACUGCGAGAAUAAUGGACAAUGCAGAAACGGUUUCUGCAAAUGCAAAGAUGGUACAGAAGGAGACAAGUGUGAAAUCGUAACAGGAUGCACUGAUGAACUCAAGAGGAAAUGCACUUUUGCUGAUGCAGACUGUAAAUAUGAUGAAACAUCAGAAGAAAAAGCUAUCUGUAUGUGCAGAAAAAAAUCAAUGCGAUUUAAUGGAGAAAAAUGCAUAGAUUUGAUAAAACCAAGAUGUAAGAAUGAUAAUAAUUGCCAUAAUGGAGGAAAAUGCGUAGGCAAUGUCUGUCAUUGCCGAAAAGGGACCAGUGGCGGUAGGUGUGAGGACAUAGAUGAUUGCCAGACGCUAAAGCAAAUAUGUGAACAAGGCAAUGCAAUAUGCAGCUAUGAUAUCGAAGAAGAAAAAGCAUUUUGUGAGUGUGAAGAAGGAAAAUCAUUCGAUAGUGUAACUAGAAAAUGCAGAGAUUGCAGAUGCGGGAGAAACGCAAAAUGCUUCUUUGACAGAAAUGGAGAACCGUUUUGUAGAUGUAUUAAAGGAUUUAAAAACUUCGAAGGAGAGUGCAAAGAGUGUGACUGUGGACCCUAUGGAAUGUGUGUUUUUGGCUGGGAUGGAGUUAAGCAAUGCAGUUGCCAUGAAGGAUACAUGGAUUGGGAAAAGAAAUGCAAAGAAUGCAAUUGUGGACCUCACGGAAUGUGUUAUUUCGGCUUUGAAGGAGAGAAAAAGUGUAGUUGUGACGAAGGAUACUCGGUAUUUGAAGGAAAAUGCUUAGAGUGUAGCUGCGGAUCCAAUGGAACAUGCUAUUUUGAUGAAGAUGGUCAGAAACAGUGUAAUUGCGAUCAAGGAUAUGUAGAAUACCAAGGACAGUGUGAAGAAUGUAACUGUGGACAAAGCGGAACUUGCUCUUUUGAUGCCUAUAAACAGAAGAAAUGCGAUUGCUAUUCAAGAUUUAAAGAAUUUGAGGGCGAAUGUUUAGAAUGCUACUGUGGAGCAUAUGGAACUUGUACGUUCACUUCGAAUGGAGGAAAGCAGUGUACGUGCAACGAAGGAUUCAAGGAAUUUGAUGGGCGGUGCAAAGAAUGCGACUGUGGGGUUGAUGGAACCUGUUCCUUCGGCUGGGAUGGAGAAAAGCAUUGUAACUGUAGUAAGGGAUUUAGGGACUAUGAAGGAGAAUGCAGAGAAUGUGACUGCGGACAAAAUGGAGCAUGCUUCUUUGAUCUUGAAGGACGAAGACAAUGCAAAUGCGAAGAUGGAUUCAAAGAAUAUCUAGGAAAGUGCAAAGAAUGUGACUGUGGACUUGGAGCAACAUGUUACUUCAAUCAGUAUGGUGGGAAGUAUUGCUUAUGUAAUGUCGGAUAUGAAGAAUUUAACGAGAAGUGCAUCGAAUGCGACUGCGGACCUUAUUCCAACUGCUCCUUAAAUGCCCAUGGUAAAAAGAUGUGCUCCUGUUCAGAAGGAUAUCGAGAAUUAAAUGGAAAGUGCAAAGAAUGCUCUUGUGGGGAGAACGGUGCCUGCUCCUUCGAUAGGUCUGGAUACAAACUCUGCAUGUGUGGUAACGGCUUCAAAGAGCACAGUGGAAUAUGCCGAGAAUGUUAUUGUGGAAGCAAUUCAUCCUGCGUGUUCAAUAAUUUUGGAAACAAAGAAUGCAUUUGCCAAGAUGAUUAUGUAGAAUUUAAGGGAUUGUGUAAAGAAUGCAUCUGUGGACCGAAUUCAAUAUGUGCCUUUGACAAGUAUGGACGCAAGCGUUGUGCUUGUAAAACAGGCUUCGCAAAAUUUGAAGGAGAAUGCCACGAAUGUAACUGUGGACAGAAUUCUGCGUGUUCAUUUGGUUAUUAUGGAGACAAACAAUGUGACUGCGGACAGGGUUUCGUGGCGUUUGAUGGAAAAUGCAGAGAAUGUGAAUGUGGUGGCAAUUCGACAUGCAUGUUUGAUAAAUAUGGAAAUAAAAAAUGUUUUUGCGGAGAUGAAUUUGCAGAAUUCGGAGGCUACUGCAGAGAAUGCAGCUGUGGACGCAAUUCAAAAUGCCAAUUCGACAAGUAUGGAAAUCAGCAGUGCACGUGUAAAGAAGGUUUUGCAAAAUUCAAUGGUGCCUGCAAAGAAUGCAACUGUGGAAAUAAAUCUAACUGCGCAUUUAGUUAUUAUGGAGUAAAGCAAUGUAUCUGCACAGAUGGUUACGUCGAGUAUGAAGGAAAAUGCCGAGAUUGCUAUUGUGGACCCAAUUCAACGUGCGUAAUUGAUCGAACCAAGGGUAAAAAGUGCUUAUGCGGAUAUGGCUUAUCUGAGUUUGGUGGCUUAUGCAGAGAAUGUAACUGUGGACGAAAUUCAACUUGUUCACUUGACCCGUAUGGCCAAAAGAAAUGCACUUGUCAAGAGGGCUUUGUGCAAGUUCUGGGAAUGUGCAGAGAUGCUUGUGAUAAUUAUCCAUGCAAAAACGGAAAAUGUGUCAGAAUCCCAAGGAAAGGAGCUACCUGCCAAUGUGAGAGCAAUUACAAAGGCACAUUUUGUGACAUUCCAGUUGAAACGAAUUUUGAAAUAAAAAAGGAGACUCUCGUCUUCAUUGUGACAAUUUUCGGUGGUAUACUUUUAACAAUUCUGAUGAUACUUUGCUUGAUCGCUUGUUUACUAUGCAGAAGGAACAGAUCCGGGCAUACAGAAAUUCAUGAAAGUCACUGGAACUAUAAAAUACAUAGGUGUCCUAAUUAAAAGGAGUGCAUAAGCCUGAAAUGCGAGAAGCAUUCCAACAGGAAAUAUUUUCAUUUUAUUUUAAGCAUCAUAAAAACUCUUAAGAUCAUGCUAUUUCUUAUGACACAUCUCGAUCAUUUAGAAAGAGAUAUGAGUUUUAAAGAAAUGGUUUUUCAAACAAUGUAGAUUUUAUUUUUCAUUAUUUUUUUGCAUGUAAUGAAUGCGUUUUAGAAUUUCUUUCAAUUAACAUUACAAAAGCCUGUGAGAAUCAGACAUUAUUUUAAAUAAUAAAACCGAAAAGAAAUAAAACUGAAUUUUACAUA